AUGCUCCUGCCAUGGGUAUCAGGACUAGGGGCGGGCAUAGUCUUCCUGCACUUCCUGCAGAAACUGCUGCUCCCUUACUUCUGGCAGGACUUGUGGUUCCUGCUGAAGGUGAUCCGCUGCGGGAUUCGGAUAGAGCGGUACCGGCGGAAAGGGGAGCUGGUCACGGUCCUGGACACCUUCCUGAGCCACGCCAGGAGGCAGCCCCGGAAACCCUUCAUCGUGUUUGAGGGAGACACCUACACCUACGAGGACGUGGACAAGAGGAGCAGCAGAGUGGCCCACGUCUUCCUGAACCAUUCCCCGCUGGCAAAGGGGGACACCGUGGCUCUGCUGAUGAGCAAUGAGCCCGACUUCGUGCACGUGUGGUUUGGCCUGGCCAAGCUGGGCUGCGUGGUGGCCUUCCUCAACACCAACAUCCGCUCCCACUCCCUCCUGCACUGCGUGCGCAGCUGCCAGCCUCGGGCCCUGGUAGUGGGCGCAGAUUUGCUUGAAGCUGUGGAAGAAAUCCUCCCCAGCCUCCCAGAAGACCUGAGUGUGUGGGCGGUAAGAGAUUCUGUUCCACGAGGCGUGAUGUCCCUCACAGAAAAACUGAGGACAGCAUCUGACAAGCCAAUGCCACGCAGCCACCACGUUGCCUCGAACCUCAAGACCCCGUCUCUUUAUAUUUUCACCUCCGGAACAACAGGUGUACCAAAAGCAGCUGUGAUUACCCAGCUGCAGGCUUUAAAGGGUGCUGCUGGAUUGUGGGCUUUUGGUUGUACCAGUGAUGACAUCAUUUAUAUAACCCUUCCUCUGUAUCAUAGUUCUGGAGCUAUCCUGGGAAUUGGUGGAUGUAUUGAGUUAGGAGCUACUUGUGUCUUAAAGAAGAAAUUCUCAGCAAGCCAAUUUUGGAAUGACUGCAAAAAGUAUAAUGUGACCGUGUUUCAAUAUAUUGGAGAAAUUUGCCGUUACCUUUGCAAACAACCUAAGAGAGAAGGAGAAAAGGAUCAUCAGGUGCGUUUGGCAGUUGGAAAUGGUGUGCGGAGUGAUGUAUGGAGAGAAUUUUUAGACAGAUUUGGAAAUAUCAAGAUGUGUGAGCUUUACGGAGCUACUGAAGGAAACAUUUGUUUUAUGAAUCACACUGGGAAGAUUGGAGCAGUCGGGAGAACAAAUUUCUUUUACAAAUUGUUUUUCACUUUUGACUUGAUAAAGUAUGAUUUCCAGAAAGAUGAGCCCAUUAGAAACGAGCAGGGCUGGUGUAGUCGUGUAAAAAAAGGAGAACCGGGACUUCUCAUCUCCCGCGUGACCGAAAAGAAUCCCUUCUUUGGCUACGUUGGGAAUAAACAGCACACGGAGAAGAAAUUGCUCUGUGAUGUUUUCAAGAAGGGAGAUGUUUACUUUAACACAGGAGAUUUAAUGGUCCAAGACCACGAGAAUUUUCUCUAUUUUUGUGACCGUCUUGGAGACACUUUCAGAUGGAAAGGAGAAAACAUUGCAACCACGGAGGUUGCUGAUAUUAUUGGAAUGUUGGAUUUCAUACAAGAAUCUAACGUAUAUGGUGUAGCAGUGCCAGAUUGUGAAGGAAAAGCAGGAAUGGCCUCUAUUACAUUAAAACCAAAUAAGUCUUUAGACUUGGAAAAAGUUUAUGAACAAGUUGUAACAUUUCUACCAGCUUAUGCCUGCCCACGAUUUUUAAGAAUUCAGGAAAAGAUGGAAACAACAGGGACAUUCAAACCAAAGAAGUUUCAGUUGGUGCAAGAAGGAUUUAGUCCAUUGAAAAUUUCUGAUCCGCUUUACUUCAUGGAUAACUUGAAAAAAACUUAUGUUCCAUUGACCAAAGAACUUUAUGAUCAAAUAAUGUUAGGUGAGAUCAAACUUUAA